GAUCUUACUAGAGACGACCGUUUUCACUUCACAAUUUUACUUCGUUUUCACUUUGACUUUUAAACACUUUCGUAUAACUUCAGUUACAGAACGUUAGGCGGAUUUGCACGCAACAUACAGUGAACAAAACAUCAACAAACGCAGAGAUUAGAAUCGGACAAUAGAGAGUCGACAGUUAUAUUCGAAGGUCUUUGGUGGAUAAAAUUAAUCUGGUAAACCGGUUGUACGAAAACUGAUUCUGCAGAGGCAACUCCACAGAUUGUCCGUGUGAAACCACGUUGUCGUGGGCGGUAAAGGGAGAGAAAAGGAGCUAAAAAGUGUAAGGAAUACCUUACAUAUAAAUAUACAUAACCAAAGCAGAGUUGAAGUGGUGGCGAGAAGGGAACACCAGUGUGCUGGAAAACGGUGAGGCAGCACCGUGACUAUGUAAACUACUAGCAUAUACUUGUGGCAGCGCGUGCGCAGAGUCGGACAACGUCUGUAUCGACAAUAUUUAUAAAGGUACAUCGUAACGUGAUAGAUAGAUCGUCGACGAUCAAACAAUCAAGUAAAUCGAGGGUAAAAGAAGAUUUAACCAAAGAAGAGGACAAAAUCGGAGAACUGGGCUUUUCUUCGAGCAUAGGCAAAGAAGCACGCAAACUGGCUCCAGAGGUGAGGAUCAAGCAAAUUGGAAUGAGGGAGGACCUGUUGUCCAUAAUACGGCACACAAGUAGCGAUCAUUUUUCGGAAGAACUCUAGCCGAAGAUUGAGCAGCAAAACGGGUAAAAAGGAGACUAGCAAUAGACCACUGUUUCCGAGUAUUUUAUACAAAUAGAGGGCUCUUGUUUGCUGGAUAUUUCAAGCAAAAGCGUUACCAGGAUCACUUUCAUUCUCUUCCUGUAAUUAUCGACUUCUCGACUGGUCUACCUAUUGAUUUGUGUUUUCCUGAAGGGAAACCAAACACCCCAAUUUGAAUAGUUCAUCGUCGGGUUAUGCCCUGGGUUGCCGCCUGUCUCGACCUGUUGGCGGCACCGAUUCUGGGUUACUGUCUGGCCGUGAGGAAACUUGCACUGCAAGCCGGCUUUUUCCAAGAAGAAACGAACAAAUCGAUCGUAACGCAAGCGGUGAACGCUAUCAAUACGUCGACUAUACAAAAGGAGACUGCGCCGUGCGCUGAUACGAUGGCACCAAGCGUCGAAGAACAGCGCCAAGAACCCAAGGAUAAAAUCACAAUAAGGACGUCGGGGAUAAUGAAGUCUCCCCGAAAAUUCUCAGGGGUUGUAAUCGCGAUGUGCGGUUUACCAGGUCGUGGAAAAAGCCAAGUGGCACAAUGCCUUUCGCGCAGACUCAACUGGAACGGCGAUUCCACUAAAGUGAUGAGGGUUAGCGACUACCGCAGGAAAAGGCUGGAACCAUAUGGAGAGGCCGUAUCGCACGAGCUGUUUCUUCCGGACCAUACGACGAACGCAGCGUUGAGAACUCUGGCCCAACGAGACGCGAUGCACGAGUGCGCUACAUGGCUUGCAGGCGGAAAUUCCGUAGCUAUCCUGGACGCCACGCUGGUGAUGCGAGCGCAGCGCGCCGAGGUCUUCGACUAUUUUUCCGGGCAGCUCGGUUAUCGCGUCCUCUUCAUCGAGUGCGUCUGCGACGAUCCGGUUGUACUGGAGCGAAAUUACAAGGAGAUAUUGCGGUACAGCGCUGACUAUGUUGGCAUGGAUUCAAUAACAGCCGAAGAAGAUCUACGAUUGAAGAUAGCUCAUUACAUUCGAUCUUACGAGCCAAUGGAUGAGAAGACGUAUCCACGAAUCCGUAUCGACACCGGCAGCAUGGAUAUCGAGUCCUGCAACGUGUCUGGCCAUGUGGAGACAAAUGUCCUUGGAUAUCUUGGAAGCGUCACUGUUGAGCCGCAUACUCUUUAUUUCUCUCGGCACGGUGAAAGCGAGUACAACGUAUUGGGUAAGGUUGGUGGUGACGCAGUUUUAAGCGCACGUGGCGAGAGAUAUGCACAAGCGUUGGCCACCAAGUUCAACGCUAUGCGUAUUCCCGACCUGCGCGUGCUAACUAGUCGCCUUCGAAGGACUAUCGCGACUGCUCGUGGCGUGGAAGCGCCCCAAGAACACGUGGCAGCACUCAACGAACUCCACGCCGGUAUCUGUGAGGGGCUGUCUUAUGAAGAGAUGCAGGAGCAUUAUCCGCAGGAAUUUGCAUGGCGCGAUCAAGAUAAGCUGCGCUAUCGUUAUCCAUGGGGAGAAAGCUACAUCGACGCCAUGCACCGCGUGGAACCGGUUAUUGCUGAAUUACAGAGAUCCAACAACAUCUUGGUCGUGUCUCAUCAAGCUAUUCUGCGCUGCAUCAUUGGCUUUUUCACAGAUAAAAAACCGGAAGAGGUGCCUUACGCUGAGGUGCCACUGCAUACCAUCAUCCGAGUCAGCAGCCAGGGUUACAAUUACAAGGUGGACUUCUUCAAGUUACCCAUCGAGUGCGUAAACACGACUCGCGUGAAGCCGAAUAAUUGUAGCGCGGACAGAACCGCGGACGAUGCUCUGCUCACAGUCCCAGCACAUUUCGACAUACCGGAUCCUUGGCGAAAUCUUGGCAGCGGACCCACUCUCGUACAACAACACUGAGAAACCGCUCGGAGAUCCACGAUCAUGUCGAAAAUUCGAUGUCUGUUUGUUUGUAAGCCCUGGAGCUUUCAGCAGUGAUGUCUUCUUGGAAUAUUUUUGCUUUUGAAUUCAGGCAGGGGAUGAAGAUUUGAAAUAUCAUGCAAGUAUGGAUUGAAUAUAUUUUUAGUACAUAUAUAUGUAUAAGUAGAUCGCUUUAAGGUAUCUUUAAGAAAUACAGAUUCGAUGAGACGGAAGAUGAUGAUAUCGGAGUCAAUUCUAGAUAAAUAGAUUGGAUAAAUCGCGUGAAAGAAACGACACGUAAAAUCAAAUAAUCGUUAUCGAGACUGGAAAUUUAUUUCUGAAAUUUUCAUUUUCUCAUGAAUCCUGAGAAACUUAGGUCGUUUCAACUUUGACUUGUUUAUCGUUGAGUUCCGUUACCUUCGCGGGAUGUACUCCGAUUGUCAUGUUUUUCCUCGUUGAUUCUGUUCCCAUUGGCAAUAAUUUAGUAUCCUGCUGCUGGAGCCCUCUAUACGUUAUGUUUAAGCAGUUUAAUUUUAAUAAUCACAUACAAGUCAAAUGUUACAUUAAGUCUAAUAUGUCGCAGAUGACUAUCGCAAGAAAUAUUUUAAUUGUACAUCGUAAAAUUCAGAAAGACAGGCAAUCUUUUAAAUUGUAGGAAUGCGAAACAUGUCUUUCGUAUUAAAUUCUAUUUCAAAAUAUUGAUAUAAUAUAUACAACGAACACACGAAAGACAGUUUUUUUAGUAUUGUACUAUUUAUAGGUGAUAGAAUUUUAGAUUUAUGUAUUUUCGUUUGCCUAGUUCCUAGCACAACGAUUGUAAGCCUUGAGAUUUGGACGAUAUUAGGAUUUUUAUUACUGUAAAGUACAAUUGAAAGAUACUAUAUGGUAGCGUUAUAUAAAGUUUGACUAUAAAACGGACCUGAUAUCAUUGUUAACAAGGAAAUAACGAAUAUUGUAUUUUUCGAGUGUGUAUGAGUGUUCGAACGAUAGAUGUAUAUUUCUACGCACAAAAUUAGCGGUAUACUGUGCUACGGUCUCAUUAAGAAAUGUCAAACAUUCGAGCAAAGUAUUUUUCUCUACGAAGGAAAGCGCGAGAAAUAAUCAACAGAGGCGAUUAAGAAAGAAAAAAAAUCGAUAUCGAAUGGUGCCUUCUUCUGUCGAUAUACUGUUACGUUUCACUUAGAGUUAUAUUCUAUCUCGUGGACCGCAUAAAUAUGCAUAAUAUUUUAUUAGGCAUCACGUGGAAAUCUCCGAGCAAUCCAUUUAUCCAGAACAAGCUCGAGGAUUCGCAAAAUGUGAAUAGAAUAAAAAAUAAAUAAGCCUUACGGAACUAAUUUAUUCUGAGAUGAACUAAGUAUGGCAGAGGGCAAAUUAAUUUUCUAUACAAGUAUACAAAUGGCACAAGUUAUCUAGUCCAUUCAUUGCUGAACAUUCUGGCGUUCUUUCUUUUCUCUUUUGCUAUGCGGGAAUCGACAUAAAAAAUUAUACAGCAUUCUAAAUGUUAA